ACCCUCCUGCCUAGGGGGCGAGCCACCCUCCUGCCUCCGGAGGGGCGCCGACCGCCACCGUCCGGGGCUGACCGGAGGUUGUUGGGGUUGAGGGCAGAGGUCGGAGGUCGUGCCUUUGUGGAAUGUUGGGGUCCCGCCGGGCUAAGCGUAGGAGCGGGCCGCGCCCCGUUUUCUUUUUGUCAGCGCCUGUGUGGGGCUUCCCUCCUUUCACGGAAAGGGGUCUGAGGGAAACUGAGGCCUGAGAGCCGCCGGGGCCCCUCACAGGCCCUGCGCUCUGACGGGGAGGCCCGCGGCCCUCUGGCCCGUGAGGACGGCCGCCGCCUCCCUCCCUCCUCCGGGCCGGCAGUUAAGAAAAUGAGGCAGAAGGAAGUGUUAACCAAGACCUUCCAAGGCCCAGCCAUUGUCUGUAGGACUCCGACCAGCCACGUUUACAUGUUUGAGAACGGUGGUGGGGACUCCGGGGACUCCUCUGAGGAAGAGUCCCACCGCGUGGCUCUGCGGCCCCGGGGCAAGGAGCGCCAGAAGAAGGGUGCCCACCACCCUCACCAGCCAGGAGCAGGGGACGUGGUGCUGCUGCAGCGGGAGCUGGUCCAGGAGGACAGCCUCAACAAGCUCGCUCUUCAGUAUGGCUGCAAAGUUGCAGAUAUCAAGAAAGUCAACAACUUCAUCAGAGAACAAGACUUAUAUGCUUUGAAAUCUAUUAAGAUUCCAGUGAAAAAUCAUGGGAUCCUAACAGAGACCCGCAAAGAACUCAGACCCCUUCUGAGCCCAUCCUCAGAGACUAGAGUGACCUUCGAGGAGCAGCCAGACCCAGACAGAGCAGCUGUAGGUACCGAUGCCCUGUCCAGCCCACUGACGGAUUUCUUUAAGGGCAUUGACCAGAAUAUUGAGCGCGUGGUGCAGUCAGAAAUCUUUUUAAAUGAAAGUUACUGUGUAGAGACCUCCAAUCAGCCGCUGCCCCCGGCUUCUCCGAAGACAACGACAAAUGGUGCAGACUGUGGAAUUCAGUGGUGGAAUGCCGUUUUUAUCAUGCUACUAAUUGGUAUUGUUUUACCAGUGUUUUAUUUGGUCUAUUUUAAAAUACAAGCUACUGGCGAGAUCCCCAGUAGCUUGAACACAACUGCUAUCCCCAAUGGCUCAAUGACCGUGAGUGCAGUUCCAGGGCAAGUCCCCAAAUUAGCAGUUCCAGUGCCAACCGUCCCCUCUUCAGACAGCCAGUUCAGUCCAACCCCCCGGGCAGGGAACUAGCUCCUGUUGUUUCUAAAGAAUCAGGUCAGUGUUAGCAUUUGUCCUCCUAAUGUGCGUCACCUGACAUCGGCCAUGUCUUAGGGUGCUGCCUUUCCUUUUCUAUGACAUACGGACAUGUCUCAAAAGCCACCGUUGUGUUCUCCAGAACACUCACCCUGGGGAAUAGGCUCACCUAAUCCAAGGCUGUGGGAGCCAAAACACCAGCACCCUCAGCUCCUUGCCUCGAGAAGGUACAGCAAGAGAGACAUUUGCAUGUGAACAUGCUGUUUCUUGAAGGUAUAUAGUGGACUGGCACUGCGUGGCCCCCCAAGUUGGAGGUGUUCAGAAGUUGAGGAGCGGCAUUGGACCUUCAACGUGGGAGCUUCUGGGGUCCACUUUGGUCACUUGGCUGUUUGCAGUGUCCCCUGCCUGCUGGGAAGAGAUGACUGGCUGUGACACAUGGUGUUGUCUCCCUGGCAAAGGUGCUGUCCAGUAGGGGUGAACAUCACCCUGUUUUGGAGUAUUACAGAUUAUAACAAGCCCUAUUUCAUAUUUGUCCCAUCAGUUAGCCUUUUUGAGGCAGUGUCACUUCUAGAAUCGAAAAAGCCCUGAAUCCAAAUUGCUCUAAUAUUGAGUAAAUGGCAGUUCUGUUCCUUGUACUUCUAGAACUACUUAGUGAUACACAGGCCUGUUUUCAGCUGCUGCAUGGUGUGGCCAGCACUUCCUGCCAGACCAUUUGGAGGCUUUUGUUCAGUUUCACCUGCGGUACAUCCCCACUGCAGUGGCUAACCAGAUUGCCCAAGUUAGCAUUCUUGGAAAGAAUUCUUGCUGGCCAGUGUCUGGAGCUGAGUAUGCGCAGAGAGAAAGAUGAGUGCCUGUCACCGAGGUCCCAACAUGUAACACUUCUAAGGCUGAAGAGUCACCAGUCUGGGUUUGCUGAAAGCAGCAGCCCCUGGGUGUACCUGGAAGGGAGGUACAGGGAGAAUGGAUGUGCUUCCUACUGCUUCCCUGACUCUGAUCUUGGGAAGUCUGGAGCCAUUGCCCCAGAAUGGGGCUCAGUGUUUUUCUUUGGGUAAAUACACUUUGUAUGGUGUAGCUCAUGAUGUUAAAAGACCAAACCACUUAAUGGAGGGCCUAGGAGGUGACCCUUGCUGUGAAGGCCAUAAAAAGAGGGGUCAGACUGCAAUCUGCCUGAGGUUUUUCCCAUCUCCUACACAGCAGCAAUCAUGCUAGAGGCUCAGGGAAGGCAUGGGUCAGACUCUGAGACUUUGCAGGUAGAGCAGGGGUUCACGAGGUGUGGGUGAAAGCCUGUUUGGCUGGAGCCCAUCUCAGUCCUACAGAGGAGUGGAAAUGGGCUUAUGUGGCUGGUGGUUCAGACUCAGAGAAGUCUGCCCCACCAGGGAGGAAAACAGACUGCACAAAUGCUGAGCUUCGAGCAUGGUUUAUGUCAUUGGACAAUCGGGCCUAGAGAUGAAUUGAGAAGAUUUCGUCAUGUAAGAGGAAGGGAGUGUGGCAGAAGAGUACUUGAAUGGGCUUCUCAUUUUUCUUCUCUCAGCUAUGUGGAGAACGAUUUGCCCAGAGUUCAAUCAGUAAAUUCAUAGUAUCUUCAAAAGUAAAUCUUCUCUUCAAAACCAACAUGGUCUUCAGGAUAAAAUGAACUUGUGAAUCUUUGCUACAGGAAACAUUUUGAUCGUGUAAAUACUUUUCCAGCCAAAUGUUUGUGCUCUCUGUGCCCCUGGAGGCCACAGGUUUCUCUAACAUAUCACCAUCAACUUCACCAGGCAGAGCCCAGAGUCCCACGGGAAAAUGGCUUCUGCCAGACAAAGAAUAAAUAUCUGUAUCCUUUAGUUUUUAAAAAUGGAAUAAAGUAAUUUCUUCUGUGAAGGAAAA